AUGGCUCCACCAAGAAGAGAUAAAAAGCAGAUGGAUGAAAAGGAAGGAAAACAGAAGAUUACUUCACCAAAAAGGUUAAGAGGCCCAACUUUAAAACCUGAAAUUGCUAAAAAGAGAAGUGAAAGACUGAAAAUUGACAUUCAAUAUAAUGAUGAUGGUGAGGGAGUGGGUGAGGGAUAUGUACAACUUGUAUCAUACAUGGGUGUGUUAGCACGAACCAUGGUGCCAGUUUAUCAUACUGAUUGGAGAGUAGUGUCUGUGGAAUUGAAGGAGAAAUUAUGGGAUUGCGUUAAGCCACCAACUGAAUAUAAUUACAUUCCAAUUGAAGACUGGAGAAAGUUAGUGGCUAAUAGGUUGUCAAAAGAGUUUCAAGUUAAAUCAAAAAAAGGAAAAGAAAGGAGGGCAAAAUACGUUUAUAUUCAUCGAGUGAGUAGGAAAGGAUAUGCAGGACUUCAAGAAGAAUUGAUGCAAAAGACAGGUUCGAGGAAACCUAUUGAUAGAUGGGUCUUGUGGAAGCUAACAAGAUUGAAAAAAGGUGAAUAUGAUGAAGUUACGAGGCCUGUAGUGGAAAAGAUUGAUGAGUUGACAAAGGCUGUUGAGGAAGGAAAGAUCACAUGUGUUGGCCAAAAGGAUAUCCUUACUUUAGCAUUGGGUACAUUAGAGCAUCCUGGACGGGUUAGAGGAAAAGGUGGAAAAAAAAAGCCCAAACAAUUCUUCAACACACCAAAACCCACAAAAACUCUUGAAAAGGAGGAAUGUCAAAGGAUGUUAAUGGAGAAAGUCAAGAGCUUGGAAGAGGAGAUCAUUGCUUUGAAAGCUGGAAAAAAAGAACCCCUCACACCCCGCUCUGAAGUGAGCAGCACAAACAUAAGGAAACAAUUGUUGCAACAUGAAGAAAUAGGAGGGAAGACUCAUGAUAGUGCUCAUGUGGAGAACCUAUCAGCACAAGGGACUCGAAAAGCUUCUCCACUAACUCAGGUUUAUAAAUGCAAAUUAGCUCUUGAAACUGAAGAUAACAUUGUUGCAUAUGGAACUUAUUUACGAGAUUCACAGAUUUCCAUUGAUGGUGCUGAUAUAUUAGUGGUCAUCCUUUACCCUCUUCAACCUAAUGCACUUCUUCCAUUCCCACUUUCUGAAAACAUUAGGACAAUAAGGGAGGGUGUUGGAUAUGAGGUUUUGUGGCCUAUUGCAUUUGUGAUAAAUGAUGAUGAUGAGGAUGUUGGCAAGAGGAAGAAUAAAAUGAAGAAGAUACAAGCAUCCCCAAAGAAAAUCAAAUAUGAGAAUCCUAGAGAUGUACAACUAUUUUCUAAAACAGUUUCAACAAUGUUGGAGGGUAAAUCGGCACCCAAAGUUGACUUUCCAAUCAAUGUUUUUGGGAUGAAAUUUCAAACUUUCCUCUUGACAAGUGAAAUGAAUGAUGUAAUUUCUGCAAAAGAGUUGACUAUGAAUUGCAUAUGUUUCUAUAUUUGGCGGUUGCAUGAACAUCUGGAUGAGACACUACAGGAGAAAAUUAUAUUUAUUCAUCCAGGAAUGGUGUCCAAGGCUGGAACAAUAGCCCCACAAAUUGAAAAAAGAGCAAGGUUCAUUGUUGAUCGCCUAAUUGACUCCAAAUUGGCAGACUUGGUUUUUCUUCCAUAUAACCCAAGGUAA